AUGAGGGACAGUGACUCAGCAAUGUACAUUUUUUCUCUGCCUGCACCUGAGGCCCUCAAGAUCUUAGAAGAAGAGGAUCACGUGUUUCUCUUCUGGAAGAGUCUGGCUGUGAAAGAUCGCACCUUCAAUGAGAGCAGGGGCUAUGAGGUAUAUGUGCAUGACAGUGUCACCAACUCUACCAAGUGUUUAGGCAACACAACAGAGACGUUCUUCAGAAUCAACAGCCUGUUGGCGGGUCAUAACUACACGUUCUCGGUGCGGGCGCGAUGUCUACUCAUCAACCAGCUUUGUGGAGAGUCAGCGGUGCUGUUAUAUGAUGAACUGGGCAAAGCAGCAGGGCCGAAUGAUGCAGCAUCUCAGUCGGGUAAAUCGGAGGACAUGGCAGCUAUUGUGGUGCCGGUGUUGUUCCUGCUGUUAGUGGGUGUGUGUGGAGGCCUGGUGGUGCUUUACCUCAGACACCGUCGCCUACAGCACAGCUUCACCGCCUUCGCUAACAGCCACUACAACUCUCGUCUGGGCUCUGCUAUUUUCUCCUCAGGAGAUGAGCUGGGUGAUGACGAUGAAGACGCUCCUAUGAUCAGUGGUUUUUCAGAUGACGUCCCGAUGGUCAUUGCGUAGUUGGACAAACCUUUCUCUUCUCCUCCUUCACUUUCACUACACAACCUUAUCAAAUUUUCUUACGUGCUCAUCCGGCACACCUUCAAGCAACUCAUGACCCCUGUCACUUAAAAAAACGCUGGAUUUGGGUUUCUGGACCCACAGGAAGACAAGAAAGCAUGGAGCGAAAGAGAUAUUUUUGAAUAUAAGAUGCACUUUUUUCGGAUGCGCAAUAACUUAUUUUUUAUAUAUAAUAUAUGUGGGUAUUGGACAUUGUAGGCAUUAACUGAAGCAAACUGUGAAGGAGUUGGUCAGCUGAUCAGCAUACACACCGACCCAAUAGGGAAAAAAGACCCUUAUUGUACAACAAACUCUCACACGAGCAUUACAUUUGCUUAAAGCCAAAACAAGCACCUAGAUAUGGGUACAUCAGUGCAAAAACACACACAAAAGAAGAGUAAAAAAAACGAAAAAGCUAACCUCACAUGUGUACAGAUGAAAAAACGGACCAAUGAAUGCUGACGAAAAGGGAAGGCGGUACAUAGGCUGUUGACAGUAAAUUGCACAGGAUCAGAUUUUUGUUCGCAGAGGCUCGAUUUGUGUCACUUUAUGUCAGUAGGCCUGCAUUUGUCUAUGGUACCUUGUUUACACUUUGUAUCCGUUUGAUCAUUUCCACGCUCAGCAAUAGGUUGAAUUGAAAACAUGAAAAUUAUUAUCUAUUUUAGUUGCUUUAUCAGCUGUUUUUGGAAAACGAUGACCAACAUUAAGAAAGUAACAGUUAUUUGAUUGUUGUCCACAUGCUCGGUCCACAAAAAAACGUCUAAUGUUCACCGUCUGCUUUGUUUUUUCCUUUAUCUUACGCAUUUUAUCUAGCAGAGAAAAAUCUUGCAUAUCCUGUGUGCCGCCAUGGUUUUAGUCCUUUAGUGUUCUCAGGGAACUGGGUUAAUGUCGAUGUACCAGCGAUAUCAGUCACACUGCCACAGGCAGCGCAGUGUGUUGAACUCGUAGACUGUUGUGCUUAACAGUCUCUCCGCGAAGCCUGUGCAGAAGCUUCAUCCUUGUCUCUUGUGCCAAGCUUAAGAAAAACAGAGGGUUGAGCAGACAUUUUGCUUUCCCGAACGUUGUGAAGAGGUACAUAUGUUAAAUUCAUGUUUCAUUUUAACUGGAUCGCGGGUGUUACUGAAAAGAUUUGUUUAUGAAUGUAUUUUUUUCUUGUUUUCUUGUAUUGAGAUGUCCAGAAAAAUACUUAUAAUCCACCCCCUACUUUUUCAAGGAUUUUAAAUGAGGUUUAUGGCCAGUUUACAUUCAAAUGCUUAUGGUCAUUAUUAUUAUUAUUAUUAUUAUCCUAUUGUUAAUUGGCAUUAACCAAAACGUUUUAGUGAAACCGUUUCUUUCGGUACCACAUUGCCUUAUUAUGAACACGCUGAGUAAAGUAUGUAGCAGUAUGUCAAUGUGAUCACACAUGCACACGCUCACAGAAAACUGAAAGGUGUAAAAAGACUGUAUAAAGACAGGAGUAGUGUGAUAGGAAAUGUAUUGACAUAUUGUGAAAUUACCACUGUAUAAUGUUUUAAAAGUUCCAGUGCAGCACUUGUGUGAAUCCUGAGCCACCGUUUCUUUAUUUUGUCUUGUUUGUGUUCUUUACUCGCAACCAUUUGUGGCAAUAUUUGUCAUGCCCAAUUUGAAACCCAUUUGUUUUUUGGUCAAUAAGAUGUAAAAGUUUUGGCAUAGCAGUGACUUUGGACACCGCCAUGUUGAAAUUUUUGAUCUUGCCUGCCUACUGAGGGUUUUAAAGAUCAGAAUAUUUUAAGUGGUACAGUCUGAGAUGUUUUAUGAACCACUUAUGCUGAAAUAAAUGUGGAAAACUGGUGAA